AUGGACCCCCAGGUCUUUUACUUUAACACGGUCCCUAUCCGUGUGGAAACGGUCCGAAAACUCCAUCCACGUCGCGAAGUGUACCGCCUCAAUCUAGAAAAAUGCCAGGAAUUCCACGGUCUUCCGACCGUUCUAGUUAUCAAAGAGAUGAAAGACGGUUGGCAAGAAGAAUUCGAUCAAGAGAAAAAAGCCUAUCGGAGCUUAGAGUGCCUUCAAGGAAUAGUCAUUCCUACGUUCUUCGGCCAAGGCACUUUUGAGGACAGCCCUAUCCUGAUCCUUUCCGAGGUAAUUGGGAUAACACUCUAUGAACUUGCCUAUAGCAUGGUUCCUGUAUCUUUGGAUAAGCUUCGACAUCAGCUUGAGAAAGCAUUGGAGCUCGUUCAUUCGCAAGGUGCAGAAUAUUUAGACCAGCGACUGGACAACUUCUUCCUCUGCGAUACGGAUCAAGUCAUGAUUGUUGAUCUGGAGCAAGUCAGGUUCCCGUCGGAUCUUGAGGAUUGGAAGGACAGUGUGAAUUAUGGGGGCGUGGGCUCUCUCUUAUAUCUUUUCAAUGAUAUCAGAGAAAGAAAGAAAGAGUCCACCCGCUAG